GUUGAUGCCAAGAUGGAGGAGAAGGUUGUGAUCGCGGUGUGCGGCUACCCGGAGCUCUAUGACACAACAUGUCUACUCUACAGAGACUGCAACAAAAAGGAGCAGGCUUGGGUGAAAGUCGCCGAGGAGACUGGUGUACCUGUGGAUCAGUGUCGAAAGAAAUGGAAGAGCCUCAGGGACACUUAUUUAAAGGAAAGGAGGAAGGAGGCAGAGAAAAGGAGCGGGGCAGCGGCAGGGCCAGUGAAGAGGUGGAAGUACUCUGCAGCCCUUUCCUUCCUCAACCCCUUCAUAACCCCGAGGGAGAAGGAUAGGGCCGCAGGGUACAGAGAGUCGGAAGCAGGGCUGGUCGAGGACCAGGGAGAGGCAGCAGGCCCCUCAGGGAUUGAGUCCGGAGGUUUGUUGACAGAUGAAGAUGCACACAGAUAA